CAGACACCUCGAGGGAUGCCCGGGCACUGCCUUGCACCUUGCUGCUCUGGGCAGCUGUUUCCUUGCUGGGAUGGGCCUCCCCGAGGAGCCCGGGUGAGAGUUCUGUGCCGUGACUCCCACGAGGAGCUGAGCUCCAAGCCACCGACAUGGCUGCUGACAGAUGUUUGGGGAAAUCUCUCGGACCCCACUCGAAGAGCUGCUUGUGUUUUUCCCCCAGGAGUGGCCGGGCAGGAUGCUGAGCUGCAGGUGAUCCAGCCUGACAAGCUCGUGUCGGUGGCUGCGGGAGAGACGGCCACUCUGCGCUGCUCUGUGACCUCCCUGCUUCCCGUGGGCCCUGUCAAGUGGUCCCGGGAGAGAUUGGGUAGCCGGGAGGAGAUCUACAACUUCGGAGGCAAAGGCCACUACCCCCGAGUGACCAAUGCUUCGGAUACCACCAAGAGAGACAACAUGGACUUUUCCAUCCGCAUCCGUGACAUCAGCCCAGCUGACACAGGCACCUACUACUGUGUGAAGUUCCGGAAGGGGAGCACGGAACAUGUGGAGUUCAAGUCUGGGUCAGGCACCCAGGUCACCGUGAGUGCCAAACCUUCUCGUCCCGAGGUCUUGGGUCCCAAGACGAGGGCCCUGCCCGGGCAGACAGUGACCUUCACCUGCAAGUCCCACGGCUUCUCCCCCAGAGACAUCACCCUGCGGUGGUUCAAAAACGGGAACGCGCUCUCGGCCACCCGGACCAACGUGGACCCCCAGGGGGACAGCACCUCCUACAGCGUCUCCAGCACAGCCAGGGUGCCGCUGACCUCGGGGGACGUGCGCUCCCAGGUCAUCUGUGAGGUCACCCACAUCACCCUGCCCAGGGGCACUUCUCUCCGUGGGAUGGCCAGCUUGGCUGAGACUAUUCGAGUUCCUCCCACGCUGGAGGUGUCCCAGUUCCCGGCGGUGGGCAACCAGGUGAACCUCACCUGCCAGGUGAAGAAGUUCUACCCCCAGAACCUGCAGCUGACCUGGCUGGAGAAUGGAAAUGUGUCCCGGACAGAAACGACCUCCCUCCUCCUACAGAACAAGGACGGGACCUUUAACCGGACCAGCUGGCUCCUGGUGAACUCCUCUGCCCACCGGGAGAACGUGCCGUUCACCUGCCAGGUGGAGCACGAUGGGCAGCCGGCGCUCACCACAUCGCACACCCUGGAGGUGUCUGCGCCCCAGAAGGACCAGGGCUCAAGUGACUCCUCUGAGCCACCCCACAUACGUUUCCUCCUGGGCUUCCUCUUUGGUUCCAAGGUGCUGUUGGUGCUCGGGGUGUCUGCCAUUUACCUCUACAAGAAGUUCAACAUGUGACUGUAAGUUUUGGGGAGAAUGUUGUGGUUGGAGAUAUCUCCAUCAAGGGAAAAGUCAAAAUAAGGGGCCAGCAUAGAAGUCACACAUGGUCAGGACCCAGGUGAAGUUAAUAAACAUUAACAGACUGCUGUCAAAAUUUCAGAUGAAGGUGGAUUUUUCUAAUAGAUUUUUGACAUCCAAGAAAUAGAUGAGUCCUUGGAAUAAGACUGGUUUUGGAGUGUUCAGAGAUAGCCACAGAGUUCUAGGCAUAUGAAGAAGGGGGAUAAAUAAAAAACAACUGCAUGGAGGCUAUCAGAGACUUUUUCUAGAAUAUUUUAUCAUGAAGACGUGAGACAAGGAGUUCUCAAGGAGAGUAAUUUUGAGAAAUCCAGUAUCAGCUACUCUGAGGAAUCUUUAUCUUCUUGAAACCUUUUCUGACAGGGUGGGAGUGAUGAAGAAUGUGGUCAAAACCUAGGAGACUGUUGAUGUGUAGAGCCCUCUCUCAGGAGAUGCCCAUAUUCCUAGGAAAGGUACUUCAGAAGGAGAGCAGCACCAGGACCCACACAGGGGAGUAUUCCUGGAAUAAACAGAUACUGAAGUAUGAAUUGUUUCCCACAGCUAUUUCCUCAAAUCCUGCCGUUGCCACCUCAGUCUCUGCUGCCACUUUACCUUUCUGAGUGGUGAGACCAAAAGAGUUUGAGAUGAAAAGAAGCUUCAGAAUCUACUUUAAAU